AUGAGCGCCAUUCGAAGGGAACUCGCCCACGUUACUCAGCCGCGGCGGCAAAGUCGCCGUACGGCCUCUGUCGCGCAGGACAAGGGCGCCGGUGACGGCGGCACACACGCCGCCAGAGGGCGACGGAUCUCUUCUUCGUCCCCAGUGCCGUCGUCGGCCCCCGGCACCACUGCAGAGACAACGUUUUCCUUCAUCGCAGCCUCGCCGCAGUUCACGGAGGCACUCGCGCGAUGGCGGCAGGUGAUCGAGGCGCAGCAGCGCUCGUUGCGAAUGGAAGAGGUGCACGACUACCUAGCGGCGUCACAGCUAUUCCUUGCAGCCGCUGUGGAGGAACAGCAGCUCGGCGGGGGCAUACAAGACCCAGAUGCGCUGUGCUGUGUGUCGCCUCUGAUGCUCGCCACUCACGGCGUGACGCACGUGCUGCGUGCCUGUGGCCUCCUCCUCUCCGACACCCUGCUAGACAAGGAAGUGCCGUACCCUGCCAGUGUUGUGGAGGAGAUGGCGACGGCAGUGGUGUCGGCGGUCACGACUGACGCCAUCGCUGACGAACUCGGUAGCAGUUGCAGGAGUGGCAGGGCCGUUGAUUCUCCGCUGCCGAAUCAGUUGGCGCUGCCGCCGCUGCUCGCGCGAGCUGGCCCACAUGCCACCCGCGUGUGGAUGCUGCUCGUGCAGCUGGCAUCCUUCCUGGAGCGGAACGCUGUAACGCUUCCGUGGGAUACGAAGGACACGCCAACUGGCGCCGCCGCUUCGACUUUGCUGGCAGACGACAGUAUGCGCAACAGAGGCAGCAGCACAACGCAACUUCUCUGGGAGCUUUCUGCUGCCGUGCUGCUGCACCGGCCAUUCGAUGCGCUGCAGGCGCUACAUGACGUUCUUGAGCACGCCUCUUCGUCCACCACAGCGGCUGCGAAGGUGCCGUCGCUGCGAGACCUCUUCAGUAAAUACAUGUCGCCGCGGCGUGCACGCCCGUCAUCGCCGCUCACCUCAGCUACACGCGCAUCUCCGUCUUCGUCGGUGUGCUCCUCAUCUCCUGCAACCGUGGCAGCAGCAGCAGCAGCACCAUCAGCGCCAAACGUCUGGAUAACGCAGGUGCAGGCACAAGCAGGCACGCUGCCACUGUGCCUACUUUCCUUGCGCCGUGCCAUUGCGGCCGCAGUGCGUGCACGUCACUACGCCGAGGCGCUGAUGGAUGUCGAGGUGGGUCUGCACCUCCUGCGGGAGCAAGCGGAGAGGCUGGACCCGGUUCGCCGUGAUGAGCACAAGGCGGAGCCAGCGGAGGAAGUCAGCGAACAGACCCGCACCGCGGAUGUGGCCGUCACCAAUGCGGGCGGGACCGACUACCGGCGGCUUGUGUACUGGCCCAAACCGGCAACGACAACACAAACCCAGCGAUCGGGCUCGGCAAGCGUGUCUACCACGAAGGCGGCCGCCUCCGCUGUCACGUACCUCUCCGAUGGCGUUGUGCUGACUAUGCUGCGCGUGCUGCUGCUCUUUAUCACGUCCCCAAUGGCGUCUGGAGAGGCGGUGGCACGGCUGCAGCAGCGGCAGUGCGGCAAGGGCUCGUGGUGGAGACGAGAGCCACGGAGGAGCCACGCGACCCUAUCGACUUCCGGCACCAGCAGUCCGUCGACCCAGCAGGAGCGCGCCGACGACGAUCCCCUGGACUGCGCUGGCGACGUUGUCCGCUGCGUAGCCAUCUCCCUCACCUCUGCGCUGGACACACUGGACACCCUGACGGCGCAGCUGCAGCUACUAGAGCGACAUGUCAUCGUACCGCAAUGCUCCACAGCACGGUCACCUGCCGCAUCCUCCAAGACCAGAAACGCGGGCUGCAGAGCCGCAUCCGCGACGCCGGCCCGGCAGCCCCACGCGGAGGUGCGCCUUCUUCGCUCGUUUCCAGGCCCAGCGCACCGGCUAGAGCACGUUGCCACGAAUGCAUUGAACGAGGCGAAGACGGGCGUGACUCUGCGUGACGCACACACGCCAGCAACGAAUGGCGUCGAGAAAGGUGCGCCGACGGAGAGAGCAGCUGCCACAGCACUUGGCGAGGGGGCGCUCACGGAGCGCCCCUCCUCUUACGCCACCGAGGCCGCCACGUCGCUUCAGCGCUCCUCGCGCACUGUCUGCACGCUGACAUCGUCGGCGCGGUAUCAGCAACUCAAGCAUGCGUACCGUUCGCGGUCGGCUUUCCAUGUCGAGAGCACUGAAUGCUCGGCGAUGCUUACUGGCCCCGGCGCGGAUGCAUCCUCCACAGUCGCGCGCGACGCCGACGAGCUGCACAACGGCGCCGCGCAUGUAGCGGACGUGCAUCCGGAGGUGAAAGCUGAAGAGCAUAGAGGUCAAGAGGCGGAAGAAGGAAACCGCUUCGGCACGCAGUCCGCCGCCUUGGUGGAGCUGGCGGAAGUUGUCCGCGAGCUGUGGAUGAUGGUGGGGGCGCUCACGCUUCCGCUUCGUGCGGCAUCGACGUGCACGACUCCGCCGACUGCGGCCUCCGUUGCUGCGGCAUCAACCCCCCUGGCCGCAGGGGAGUCGUGGUUCGAGGAGAGUGUAACGACGGCCACAGCUGCCUCGCCUCCGGCGCGCGAGAGCGGCAUCAGCUACGGCGACGCGCGUCUCGCCUUUCCCACAGUGGAGCCACGAAUGGAGAGGUGCCUGCGCGUGCUCGGCGGACGUGACCGGACUGUGCUGGUACUGCUUCGUCGGCUGCAAUCCGAGCUGCUCUUCCCGGCGGUCUGCCGCCCACUUGCUUAG